AUGGGUUCGGAAACCUCACCAACCGAGAAUUCGGAAUGUGCCGAUGAAACCAGAGAUUCAAAACGGAAAAUCGGAAUUCUGAACGGAAUCAAUAUUUUGGUCGGAGUGAUGAUUGGUUCGGGGAUAUUCGUUUCACCUGUCGGGGUCCUGCAGUACACGAAAUCUGUUGGUCUAUCACUGAUUAUGUGGGUUAUGACCGGUCUGUUUAGCCUGUUCGGCGCAGCAGUGUAUGCCGAGAUGGGUAUUUUAAUUCCAAAGAACGGUGGUGAUUAUAUCUACAUUCAUCAUGUAAUUGGUCCGAUGGCCGCAUUUGCCACUCUGUGGAUUGUCUAUUUCAUCCUGAGUGGAGCUGGGAUCGCAGCAAAUGCACUGAUUUUUGCCGGCUAUAUUUUGCGACCGGCAUUCGGUGAUGACACGUGUGUGAUCCCGACCUCAGUGAUUCGGACUUGUGCUCUUGUUGGAUUG